CACUUCUCUCCGACCAUGCCGGACGAAGCCACGGAAAACGCCGGCUCCACCUCCGCCCGCGUCUCGUCCUUCUUCAUCGAGGACCUGCUGGGCACCGAGGGCUCGGCGGGCGGCGGGGCGCGGCGGGCGGCGGCGGCGGGCGGCGGGCGCGGGGGGCCGCGCUGCGGGCCGCCCUCCCCGCUGCGCAUCGGCGCCCCGGGCUGCCCGCUCCGCGACGCCGCCGUGGGCUGGUACCGCCGGGCGCACGCCGCCUUCCUGGGCUGCGCCAGCCCCGACACCAGCGACCGGGACUCUCCGGAGCUGCCCGAGGAGCCGGCGGAGCGGGCGGGCGGCGGGCGGGCGGCGGGCAGAGCCGCGGCGGGCGGGCGGCCGGGCCCGGGCGGCCGCGAGGAGGAGGAGGAGCGCGGCGAGGAGCCGGGAGAGCCGGAGCAGCGCAACGCCGGCCGCAAGAAGAAGACGCGCACGGUGUUCAGCCGCAGCCAGGUGUUCCAGCUGGAGUCCACCUUCGACGUGAAGCGCUACCUGAGCAGCUCCGAGCGGGCCGGGCUGGCCGCCUCGCUGCACCUCACCGAGACGCAGGUGAAGAUCUGGUUCCAGAACCGCCGCAACAAGUGGAAGCGGCAGCUGGCCGCAGACCUGGAAGCGGCCAACCUUUCCCACGCCGCCCAAAGGAUAGUGCGGGUCCCCAUUUUGUACCACGAGAACUCGCCGGCGAGCGCCUUGGGCUUCACCCUGCCGCACAUGUCGCCCCCCUUGGUGGGCUUCUCCAGCGGCGUCAGCUACCCCCUGGGCACCUUCCCCGCCGCCUCCCUCCCUUUCCUACGGUCGCAGAUGACAGGACUCGUCUGAGCGCCCACCUCUGCCGGGACAGCGGCCCCCUCGCCCCCUCCCUCGGCUUCCAGCUCCACCCCCCUUCCUCCACGGACUUUUUAUUUUCAACUUACACGGUUCUUGAUUUUCUGCUUUUUUGAUUUCUUUUU